AUGUCGUCGAGACCCCGAUUCCAGGCCGAUCGCGGAUUCGCUUUGGUCAAGAUGGACACGCACGAGAAUGCUGCCAUGGCCAUCUGUCAACUUAGCGGCUACAAUGUCAACGGUCGUCCAUUAAAGUGUAGCUGGGGAAAGGACCGCCCACCAACCGGGCAAUUUGAAGGGUAUUCUCCUCAACAGAGUGGCACCCCGACUUUCAACUCCAGCACCUCGCCCUAUUUCCCGCAAUACAGCGGUCCGAGCGGUCCUAUGACUCCCCAAGGCGGUGCAGGACCUAGCCCUGGCGGUCGCGGCUGGGAUCAGCAAGGAGCUACAAACUUUGGUGGAGGCCCUGGGAUGCCCGCCGCAGGAGGCUACGGUCAGCAACUUCCAGGCGGCGCGGCCGGAUACGGCCGCGGACAGUCCACUCAAGCGUCAGGCUGGGCUCAACCGAAUAGUGGAAGCUUUGGGAAUGGGUUUGGAGGGUACCAACCUUAA